GAGCGCGCGGGACGUGCUGCCGCGUAGUCGCCGGCUGAAUGGGCGGUGGCAGAGCGUGUGUGAUCCGCUGAGGCUGCAGCUUGCCUGGGACCCAGAGGUUGCAUGCCUCUUCCCGGCCGGACCGUAAAGCCGGGGGCUGCGAGGACGCGGCGGCGGCGGCGGAGGAGGCAAAGGGCAGCUGGAGAUAGGCCGGGCGCCCCUUGCCGAGGGUGAAGGGCCCCGGCUCCGCGGGGGUCAUGGCAGCUCUGGCCGACAGAGUACGAGGCAGAGGGCGCAUCGCCGCCGGGCUCCUGCUCAACCUACUGGUGUCCAUCUGCAUCGUGUUCCUCAACAAAUGGAUCUAUGUCCACUACGGCUUCCCCAACAUGAGCCUGACCCUGGUGCACUUCGUGGUAACUUGGCUGGGCUUGUACAUCUGCCAGAAACUGGACAUGUUUGCCCCCAAAAGUCUGUCGCCUUCCAAGCUCCUCCUCCUGGCCCUCAGCUUCUGUGGCUUCGUGGUCUUCACCAACUUAUCUCUGCAGAACAACACCAUAGGCACCUAUCAGCUGGCCAAGGCCAUGACCACGCCGGUGAUCAUAGUCAUCCAGACCUUCUGCUAUAAGAAAACCUUCUCCACCAAAAUACAGCUCACGCUGAUCCCUAUAACUGUAGGUGUAAUCCUAAAUUCUUAUUACGAUGUGAAGUUUAAUUUCCUUGGAACGGUGUUUGCUGCUCUUGGUGUUUUAGUUACAUCCCUUUAUCAAGUGUGGGUAGGAGCCAAACAGCAUGAAUUGCAAGUAAACUCGAUGCAGCUGCUGUACUACCAGGCCCCGAUGUCAUCUGCCAUGUUGCUGGUCGCCGUGCCCUUCUUUGAGCCGGUGUUCGCAGAAGGAGGAAUAUUUGGUCCCUGGUCAGUCUCUGCUUUGCUGAUGGUCCUGCUCUCUGGAGUAAUAGCUUUCAUGGUGAACUUAUCGAUUUAUUGGAUCAUUGGGAACACUUCACCAAUCACCUAUAACAUGUUUGGACACUUCAAGUUCUGCAUUACUUUAUUUGGAGGAUAUGUUUUAUUUAAGGAUCCAUUGUCCAUUAAUCAGGGUCUUGGCAUGUUAUGUACACUAUUUGGCAUUCUUGCCUAUACCCAUAUUAAACUCAGUGAACAGGAAGGAAGUAAGAGUAAAUUGAUGCAACGUCCUUAAUUAGGUUUUCAUAGAGAAAAGAAAGUCGCCUGAAGAAGAUAAAAAAAAAGUAUUAAGUGUGCAAGUUACU